AACAGUUACUCUGAAUAUGAUAGGAUCAUCAAGACCUUGGUUUAGAAAAAGAGACAAAAUGAUGUUUUAUGGUAGAAAAAUGAUAAGAAAGGUUAAAUCACUUUCAUACCAAGAUGAUGGAAAAGGGAAGAAGCGACAGAUAGUUAUUCGUCUUGCUAAAAGAUUGCUGCGUCUAAAGAAAGAACAACAACCUCUAACUUUAUUGGUAAAGGAACCAUCACAAUCAUUUCUUGAGGAAGAUAUUGAACAAUCUGAGUCAAAAUUGCCACGUGAAGUUAUGUAUAUGCUGAAUAGUGUUAGAAUAUUUGGAUUUUAUGAAAAGCCUUUAUUUUUGGAAUUAUGUAAAACACUUCAAAAUAUUCAAGUAUAUGCAGGACAGAUGAUGUUUUCUAUUGGAGAUCCAGAUGAUAGUAUAUAUGUUGUCCAAAGUGGUCGUUUAAUUAACAGUAUUCAUAACAGAAUCU